AACCGUACGUACAUGUAUAUACUAUUCGAAACUCGGCUAUUCCAAAAAGUGUUGUAUAAGAUGACGACUGGGUUUGCCUAUAUCCUUGAACUGUGGGGAUUCCCGACUAACGGCAACCUGGUACUCGCGGAAAACACUGCCAAGAGUUGCAUACACAUCUCGCAUACCACGGAGCCGUUUCACGAAGAUGUCAUACAUCUCCUGAAUGCGGAAAGGUAAACUAUGUGAUAUGGAUCUAAAUUUGAAGCUGCUUACAGGUUGUUCACUCGUGCACAGAAGUAAGUCAAUCAUACUCUCAACCUCUGAGAGAUCUCCCACGAUCUGCUCAAUGUCAGACCCCGGAGCACAACAGUCGAGAACGGAUGUACUGUACGUACAUUACUCCAAAUAGAGGCUAUAGCGCCAAGCUUUGUCG